UGUGUUUAUUGGGAGUUAUGUACGUGCUGAAGCCACAACCAGCUGAUCAGGGAGAAGAGAGAAUAUAACGCAGUAUGGCUGGGAGAUAUAAACUCAAAAUCAGGAGGAAAAACAAGUACAAGAAGCUGCACCAUAGUGAUGCUCGGAAGUCUGUAAUAGUGGAGGAAUCACAGAGUUUCAACAGUAGACAGGAGACCAUAGCAGACAAACGGGAUGAUCUAAACCAACAGGAUAUAAAGCCCCUGGGCACAGAUCCUCUACAAGAGAGGAGCAAAGUGCCCCUAGGCACGCAGGGUACAGAUCAUAUUAACGAGCAAAGUGAAGAGCCCCUGGGCACACAGGGCACAGAUCCUCUUCACAAGUGGAGUAAUGUGCCCCUAGGCACAGAUCAUAUUAACGAGCAGAGUGAAGAGCCCCUGGGCACACAGGGCACAGACCCCCAGAACAAACAAUCCCUAGACUCAGUGGACAAACAGAAAACAGAUCCCAAGCUCACACAAAAUAAAAGUUCCCCAAGCAGGCAGCAGAACACAAAAAGCAAAAACAAAAAGAUCAAAGUCCCCUGGGGCAAAAAGAACAAAUCACACCAGGACCAGAACAACAAACUCUCCAGCGACACAAAGGGUAACAGCAAAAAGGUGCACAUUGCCCCCCUGCCUGAUCGGUAUGAGCCCCUGGAGGAGGGGGCUGAGGAUGCAGAGUGCAGGGCUGAGAAGCAGUACAAGAGGAAACAGAAAGCAAAGAAAUAUGCAAAGAACGUUGGUAAAGCUAUGUUGACUGGAUGCCGCUACAUGUUGAUUGGAUUUCAGCAACUGGCAAAUGCAUAUGCAGCUCCUUUCGGUGCAACCACUAUUGUUUUAUCAACAAUGGCUCGUUAACCUCCGCUUUAGAUUGGGUCCCAGCAUUUCAACUAAAAUAACUACCUUAAAUCAUAAACAUCAGUGUUUUCAGGGCUUCUGAGAAGGCCAUUGUAAUGUAACAUCAGUGCAGAAUCUGUGAAUUUUAUUUAAAGCCUAUUAAACCAGUCAGUGUGACCUACUGGAUCCCGGUGAAAAAAACAAAGCUAAACAGAAUGCCUAACUACAAAAUCAAAGAAGAAGUAUUUUUCCAGCCACCAGUUGAAUUUAAAAAAGACCUUUAUUCA